AUGGAUUCUGACAAUAAUUUCGGGCCUCAUCGAAUAGGCGUUUUCGAUUUCACCGUUCUUUUCGAGCAGAGCAUCUUGUCACUUCUCCCUGCUGCAUUGUUUCUGUUUCUCGUGCCACUUAGACUCUUUGCCCUGCGAAACAAUGAGAGGGUUACAGAACUUGGGAUUUUAUUAUGGUUAAAAUUGGUAGCCUUGAUCGCAUUAUGGUCUCGAGAGAGCUCGGCAAAGAUGGCCAUCGCAGAACCAGUCUUGGGAUUGGUCGAAUCGAUAGCACUCAUUACCUUGAUCUUCGUGGAACACAGAAACUCUAGAAAGCCGUCCAAGAUUAUUGGGGGAUACCUUGCCAUCACCAUCAUCCUCGACAUUGCUUUGGUGCGCACCUUUUGGAUCAGGUCGAUGUCGGCUAUUGCGGCUGUGUUUACUUGCGCUUUCGCCCUCAAAGUGACUCUUCUGAUCUUAGAGGAAUGGCCCAAAGCCCUAGUGCGAGAGAACGAAAAGAUACGGGAAACCUCUUCAGGUGUGAUUAACAGAAGUGUCUUCUGGUGGCUGAACAGCCUCUUCCUCCAAGGGUAUCGAGGCAUUCUCGAAACUGCGGAUUUGCAAAACAUCGACCCAAAAUUCGAUACAGACCAUGUAUCAAAACCCUUGGAAGAGCGAUGGCUACGAGAUCCAAAGACCGGAUCCUCCAGCCUUUUGAAGUGCACCUUCCUUGCGUAUAAAUGGCAGUUUGCAGCUGGCAUCCUUCCUCGACUUCUCCACAGUGGCUUCAACUUUGCACAACCAUUUCUUAUACAAUCCGUCAUUAACUAUGUCGGUCGAAAGGAAGUAUCUGUGCAAAUCUCCAGCGGCCUCAUCGGAGCGACUGUACUUAUCUAUCUCGGCCUUGCGAUAUCUGGGGCAUGGCACAAGCACCUGUCGUUUCAGAUGGUCACCAUGUACCGAGGCGGACUGAUCUCAUUGAUAUUCAAGAAGACGCUGAAACUCAAAACAUCGUCUGUCAAAGAUUCUGCCCAAGUGACACUCAUGACAACCGACGUCGAAACGAUUGUGGCUGCCGGGGCAUCAAUCCAUGAUAUGUGGGCCAACAUGAUCGAGCUUCCCAUUGGUAUCUACCUACUGCACCGUCAGAUAGGUAAUCCGAGUCUUCUUGUACUAGUUCCAACGAUUGUCACCACCAUUUUGAGCGGAAUCAUCUCCGUAGCCAUGGAGCCAGCGACAGUGCAAUGGAACGCAAUGGUUCAAAAGCGCGUGGGCGAAACAUCAAGUAUGCUGGAUCAGAUCAAAGGCAUUAAGAUGAUGGGCUUGACAGAUUUCUUUCGCCAGACCGUUCAGAGUCUGAGAGUAAAGGAACUGAAAGUAUCUGCAAAAUUUCGAUGGCUACUUGUAUACUUUGUCGCACUUGUAUCACUUGUCACCCAACCACUUGUUACGAUCCUUGUUUCGUUGAUGCAGAUUGCUGGAGUUGUGGCAGGGUGUGGCAGAAUCCAGGCAUUUCUGUUGCUCAAGGAGCAAGACAUUAUGACAGCAGAGGUGCCUGAAAAUGGUCUGGCAGUGGCCAUCAACAAUGCAUGCUAUUCCACCGACGAAGGAAACACACUUCUUACCGAUGUCAACAUGCGUGUUGUUCAAGGAACCAUCAAAAUGAUCGUGGGAAAAGUAGGAAGCGGCAAGUCGACUCUUCUCAAAGCCAUCAUCGGCGAGAACACGCCAUCGCAAGGAAGUGUCAAAACAGAAGCUUCAGUUGCAUAUUGUGAUCAAGUACCAUGGCUUCGGAACACAACAAUCAGCAAAAACAUCAUCGGGCAGUCACAACAUGAUCAGAAGUGGCUUGCGACAGUCAUACGAUCAUGUGCACUUGAUGAAGACCUGGCGCAGUUGCCUCAGGGUCAAGAGACUGUUGUCGGUUCCAGAGGAGUCGCGUUGAGUGGCGGGCAGAAGCAGAGAGUCGCUCUAGCUCGCGCUGUGUAUUCACAAAGCAAGCUCAUCAUUCUUGACGAUGUUUUCAGCAGCCUUGACCAGACGACGUCCGACACAGUCUUUGAUCGACUUCUGGGAGAGAAAGGGUUGCUUCGGAAAAGCACUGUCAUUCUGGCAACCAGUAAUGCCCGUUUUCUUUCCUCGGCCGAUUGCAUCACAGUUGUUGACGAGGGCCGCAUCACUCGCAACCAAAUCACAUACUCUGAACUCGAACUUACGGAAACGCUCAAAGUUAUUACACCUACACAGUCCCCCGAAAUCGUUCAGAAGGAUAUCGCUACGGUUAGCCCAAAGGAAGAAAUUGAUCUGUCACGAAAGACAGGUGACACAGAAUGCUACAAAAUCUACGUUCGGUCAAUGGGUUGGAAAGUUAUCGGUAUUGUUUUUCCCACCGCUGUGAUGGGUGCGGUCAUGGAAGCUAUGCCUCAGAUCUGGCUACGAAUCUGGACCGAGAAGGGCGAUGGGUCAAAGGAUGCCAAAUAUGUAGGUGGCUAUGUGGGACUCGUUGUUGCCGCCAUGAUUCUAGCACUUGUCAACAUCAGCUACUUCCUCAUAAUAGGCGUCGAAAAAUCUUCCAACAACCUUCACGAGCAACUCUUGAAAUCUGUCUGCAGAGCACCAUUGCGCUUCUUUACAACAACCGAAAAUGGCAGCAUCUUGAACCGCUUUAGCCAAGACAUGACACUCAUUGACAUGUCGUUACCUUUAGCGUUCUAUCUCACGCUCGACCUGACCCUUCGAGGUUUGGUCCAAACGGGAGUUGUUGCAUCGGGCGCAAGCUACUUCGGGGCCUUCCUCCCACUCUCUUUCCUGGCAUUAUACCUCAUCCAGAAGUACUAUCUCCGCACCUCGAGGCAAAUGCGUCUUCUCGAUCUUGAAGCAAAGACACCACUAUACACGCAAUUCACUGAGAUCACGGCGGGACUAUCGACUGUCCGCACGUUUGGGUGGUCAAAAGAACUUUUGGACGAGAGUUUCAUACUACUCAACACAUCACAAAAACCUUUCUAUCUAAUGUUUUGCAUACAACGAUGGUUAGAGCUGGUGCUUGAUCUCUUCGUCGCUGGCAUGGCGAUGCUGCUGGUUACUAUUGCGCUCCGGAUCCCAGGAACAACAAGCGAAGGAGCAAUAGGGUUAUCCAUGGUCAACUUGCUUGGCCUCAACCUGACUCUAACAACUGUCAUAGAUCAAUGGACGAGUUUGGAGACGUCACUGGGGGCCAUAGCCAGACUCAAAGCGUUCAUUGGUAGCACACCAAACGAGAACAAGGACGCCGAAAAAGAAAUGCCAGAUAACUGGCCAAUCGGCAAAAUUGAGAUUGAGGGGAUCACGGCUUCAUACAGUUAUGAAUCGGAACCGGUUCUACAUGAUGUAUCUCUAGUUGUCGAACCAGGGCAGAAAGUUUGUCUUUGCGGCCGUUCUGGAAGUGGCAAAUCUUCCCUCGUUCUCUCGAUCUUACGACUUCUCGAACUCCAGUCUGGAAGUAUUCGCAUCGAUGGCCAAGAUCUUACGAAGAUACCACGCCAAUACAUUAGAUCACAAAUCACAACUAUACCCCAAGAUACGGUCAACAUGUCAGGCACUGUACGACACAACAUGGACCCUGAAGAGCUCGUCCAGGCGGAUGAGAUGCUCAUAGCAGCUUUGAAAAAGACGGCUCUAUGGUCAGUCGUUGAAACCCGUGGAGGGUUGGAUGCCGAUGUUUCGACACUUGGCCUCUCAGUUGGACAGCGUCAACUCUUUUGUCUUGCGCGAGCGUUGCUCUCCCACUCGAACAUUGUUCUUCUUGAUGAACCAUCAAGCAGUGUGGAUGACGCCACGACCAAGGAAGUGCGCCAAGUCAUCCGGGAAGUUAUGCACGGCAGGACAGUCAUCGAAGUCACACAUCGACUUGACCAUGUCACAGACUUUGACGUCGUAGUCGUGAUGAAGGAUGGCAGAAUCGUCGAAACCGGUAGUCCGAGAAAUUUACUGACCCAACAUUCUGCCUUGAAAGCGUUGCAUGGAUAG